UGGUAGACCCACUGAUUUCUUUAGUUAUCACCAUAUAUUAACCUCUUCUUCGCUCAUCACUUCUCCUCCUUUCGUUAAGUCAUUUCUACCCACUGGUACCUCUCACUAUCCUUACGAUGGGUAUCUCCAUGGAAGAGAAUAUACACGUUCCUACCGUUUCCUCUGGCGAAGCGUCUGGAGGGGCGACGUCUCCGAAAAGCAACAUGUUUAAGCUCUCCGUGCCGGACUUGAUGCUCAAGAAGGAGUUGAUCGAGCACAAACUGUCGACUCUCAGCGGAGUACUCAAGUCGCAUGGCGUCAAUAUGGAUACGCCAUUGAUGACCGAGGAUGGUUUCCCGCGCAACGAUCUCGACGUUCCCCAGAUACGGACUACUCGCGCGCAAAUCAUCCAUCUGCGAAACGACCACAAGGAGGUUAUGGCGCAUGUCGAGCAGCGCGUCUACGAACACUUCAAGCAGCACGAACAGAAUAACUUCACCUCGCCUCCCGCCUACACGACGAUCGCAGCUACUGCACCACGCGCUAUCCUUCUUGACGAUGCUACUCUGACCGCGGGUCCGGCUUUCGCAAAGGUUACCGGUGUCGUGUCAGGAAGCCCGGCGGACCAGGCUGGCUUGGAAGUCGGAGAUACCAUCAAGAACUUUGCAGGCGUGAACUGGACCAACCACGAGAACCUCAGCAAGAUUGCGCAGGUUGUUCAGAAGAACGAGGGAGUAAGUAGCCCAGGUGUCUGCCUUGGGACGGGACUGCGGCAAUGGUGUGAUUCAGAGCAGAUCGGCUGACACAUGGUACAGUGCGUCAUGAACAUCAAGGUCUCCCGGAAGGAUGAGUCCCGCGAAGGUCAGACUAAAGAUGAGUUGAUGCAAAUCGUCCC